AGCUGGGGAAGGCAGGCCAUGGCUGGCAUGCGUAGGCUUGAGCUGGCGGAAGCCCUGCAUCUUGGGCCGGGCUGGCGGCACGCGUGCCACGCAAUGCUCUACGCACCGGACCCAGGGCUGCUCUUUGGCCGCAUUCCGCUACGCUACGCCGUGCUGAUGCAGAUGCGCUUUGAUGGGCGCCUGGGCUUCCCUGGCGGCUUCGUGGACUUGCGCGACGGCAGCUUGGAGGACGGGCUGAAUCGCGAGUUGGGCGAAGAGCUGGGCGAGGCUGCGGCCGCCUUUCGUGUGGAGCGCGCUGACUACCGCAGCUCCCACGCUGGGUCGCGGCCGCGCGUUGUGGCGCACUUCUACACUAAGCUCCUGACCCUGGAGCAGCUGACUGCGGUGGAGAUGGGCGCGCCGCGCGCCCGAGACCACGGGCUGGAGGUGCUGGGCCUGGUGCGGGUGCCCCUGUAUACCCUGCGAGAUGGUGUGGGAGGCCUGCCUGCCUUCCUGGAGAAUACCUUUAUUGGAAAUGCACGGGAACAGCUGCUGGAAGCCGUCCAGAACCUGGGACUGCUGGAACCUGGCUCUUUUGCACACCUUAAGAUUUCAACUCCUCCCUAGAGACAGUCUUCCAUGGACCCAUGAAACCUGCCUGAGAUCAGCCCUUUGUACUGGGGAGGCAGGGAGGAAAAAGGGAAUGUUUUCUCUUCUGGGCCUGGGCUGCAUAGAUGAUAACAGAUUAAAAGAGUAUGUAAUAUAUUCUGAGCAGAGGACCCCUUGGUGACUCACGGCAUCAAUGGCAAAAAUCUGCAGCUCAUCCUGGGGGCCUGACAUUCUCAGAGACUUCCUCUUUUCUUUAUAUUUGUGCAUAC